CUCCCCGAUCACCCUGCUUCCAUCCUUCGGUGCCAUCGAGCUUGCCUUUCGGAGUGUCUGAUCGUGUUGGAUCUCUCUCCGACCAUUAUUUGCUGUCCAUCCCUUUCGCCACGUGAAACGGGAAAAUAAGAGCCAAAGAAAUAUUGCCGGAGCUUUCAGAAUGAACGGCGAUACGUACACGUCCAGAGAUUCUGGUCGCCCUAGGGACUAUUACCGCGAAGAGCGUCGCGAGCGCGGCGGCGACAGAGCAGAGAGAGGAGAGAGAAGACGUUCGAGAUCCCCCCACUACAGUUCGAGAAGCUCCCGACGCGAAUAUGAGGUAGAUUCGUAUUCGUCCAGCCGUGACUACCGCGCCAGAGAACGCGAGGACCGUUAUUCUAGCCGCAGAGACGACCGGGAAUGGGAUCGGGAUCGCGGUGACCGUGGUGACCGUGGUGAUCGCGGUGAUCGCCGACGCAGAGAAUACGAAGAUAGACCCUCCCGCCGCGAAAGGGGAGACAGAGAUCUGUUCGAGGAUAGACCCCGACGGGAAGGCAGGGGAGACCGCGAGCGUGAGCGUGGAGAGCGUGCAGAGCGUGGUGGACGCGGAGAUCGCGACCGUGGCGAGCGAGGGGAGCGCAGACGGAGUGCGUCGCCUCCUCGAAAGAGGGAGGCCACACCCGAUCUCACAGAUAUCGUGUCGGUGCUGGAUCGGAAACGUCGCCUGACGCAGUGGGAUAUCAAGCCUCCGGGCUACGAGAAUGUUACUGCCGAGCAGGCGAAGCUGUCAGGCAUGUUCCCCCUCCCUGGAGCCCCCCGACAGCAGCCGAUGGACCCCAGCCGCCUUCAAGCUUUCAUGAACCAGCCCGCCGGCGGCAACGCGGACACAUCUACCCUCAAGCCUUCCAACUCUCGCCAGGCCAAGCGUCUUUUUGUCUACAACAUUCCCCAGACUGUCACCGGCGAGACCCUUUUGGCCUUCUUCAACGUCCAGCUCAAUGGCCUCAACGUUAUCGAGAGUGUGGAUCCUUGCAUUUCGGCCCAGGUGGCCCAGGACCACUCGUUCGCCCUGCUCGAAUUCAAGUCGCCCAAUGACGCUACAGUUGCGCUUGCGUUCGACGGAAUAGCGAUGGAGGAGCACGAAGCUGCUGGCAACGGGGCCGCUAAUGGUGCCGCUCAGGGCCUGGAAGUGCGGCGACCCAAGGAUUACAUUGUCCCUGGCGGAGCAGAGCAGGAAUACCAGGAAGGCGUUUUGUUGAAUGAGGUUCCUGACUCUCCCAACAAGAUCUGCGUGUCCAACAUUCCCAACUACAUCCCCGAAGAGCCUGUGACGAUGCUUCUCAAGUCUUUCGGAGAGCUCAAGUCGUUUGUUUUGGUAAAGGACAGUUCUACGGAGGAGUCUAGGGGCAUUGCGUUCUGCGAGUAUGCCGAUCCCUCAGCAACAACCAUUGCGGUGGAAGGUCUCAAUGGAAUGGAGCUGGGCGAUAGACACCUCAAGGUUGUGCGCGCCAGUAUCGGAAUGACACAGGCUGCAGGCCUCGACAUGGGCGUCAACGCGAUGUCGAUGUUCGCCAAGACGACGUCUCAGGACCUGGAGACCAGCCGCGUGUUGCAGUUGCUCAACAUGGUGACACCGGAAGAGUUGAUGGACCCCGAGGAUUACGAAGAAAUCUGUGAUGACGUACGCGACGAAUGCUCCAAGUACGGCACUGUAGUUGAGCUGAAGGUACCCCGUCCGACAGGCGGCAGCCGACAGUCGCCAGGAGUGGGCAAGAUCUUUGUCAAGUUCGACACGGUGGAAUCGACGACGAAUGCUCUGAAGGCGCUUGCGGGCAGGAAGUUCUCGGACCGGACUGUGGUUACAACCUACUUUUCCGAGGAAAACUUCGACGUCAACGCAUGGUAAUGUAGGAUGGACGGUCUAUACACAUAUCCCCAAUUUUUUUAUAUCAUUCUAUUUCCUUUGUUAUCUUUCAUUGCCACUUCAUGACGCGUAAUUGAUUCAAGGCCAACGAUGCCUGGGGCAGACGAUGCAACAAUCUGUACUGGAAGUUAAAUUUACUGGAGAGAGAGGACAGUGGUGGUUGCGAUGCGCUUUCUAGUACUGUGUAGGGGUUACGAUGUAUCAUAGCGAAUGAACUUGGAU